ACAAGUGUCAAAUGUUCAAAUUUUGAAUCUCAAAACAACAAUCUUCCCAUUGUACAUUUUUUAUACUCUAUAAAUGUAAUUUAACUGAAUCAUUUUUAAAUCAAUAUGAAUUUAUAAUUGUGAAAUAUAUGCAUGUAUAUUUGAUUAACAAUGGAGGCAUUAAACAUUAGUUUACUAGUGAUAUCGCUAUGCGUCUUACUGUGGGGUGUGGCCGGUCAAUACGAAUGGCAAGUAAGAGAUGCUUUCGACGAAAUUCGGGGCAAAAUGGACAAAGUUACACCUGAUAACUGCUUCAUCACAUAUUUGGAUGACUUAUAUUUACCAGAAGACUCUGUUUCGCACCGCCCUGAUGUGAAAGAGAUCAAUAUAAACCCAGUGUUUCCUAACCGCACCGCAAUGCUUCAUUUACACAAUAUGGCUAUGAACAGAGCCUUCUUCUGGAGCUACAUCCUCCAGUCGCGGUUUAUCCGACCAGCUAUCAACGACACGUACGAUCCUGGGAUGAUGUAUUACUUCCUUUCUGCUGUCGCCGAUGUAUCUUCAAACCAUUAUAUCAACGCUAGUUCUAUCUACUUCUCCCCAAAUAUGUCAUAUACUUCUUCAUAUAGAGGAUUCUUCAAUAAAACAAUGCCAAGGUUUGCUCCUAGAGCAUACAGAGCAGAUGAUUUCAAUGAUCCUGUUCAUCUUCAGAAAAUUUCAACUUUGAAUACACUAUAUGUGGAGGAUCUAGGUGCUUUCGAACCUGAGAGUUUGUCCAAAGAUUAUACAUCGGACUUCUACCGCACAAAUGAAUGGUACCACCUCUGGUUACCAGAUAAAGUGGAUAAAAGACAUGACACAAAGACGACAUACCAAGUAGAGAUUAGAUAUGCUAAUAAUACAAAUGAGACAUUCACAUUUCAUGGACCUCCUGGAAAUGAUGAGAAUCCAGGACCAGUAAAUUGGACCCGUCCAUACUUUGAUUGUGGAAGACUGAACAAGUGGCUUAUGGGAGCUGUGUCUCCUGUAGCUGAUAUUUAUCCUCGCCACACACAGUUCAGGCACAUUGAGUAUCCCACAUACACAGCAGCUGUUGUAAUGGAAAUGGAUUAUGAUCGGAUAGAUAUAAAUCAAUGUCCUACCAGUCAGGGAAAUGAAGGACCGAACAAAUUUGCAUCUACGGCUCGAUGUAAAAUUGAAACCACUGAAUGCGAACCUCUUCACGGUUGGGGUUUCCGCCGCGGCGCUUACCAGUGCCGUUGCGCGCCCGGCUUCCGCCUGCCCAGCAUCGUGCGGAGACCUUACCUCGGCGAGAUCAUCGAGAGAGCCACGUCUGAUCAGUAUUACAAUAACUUCGACUGCCUGGAGAUUGGAUGGGUGCAGCGUUUGCCAGUGCAAUGGGAACGCGCGGAAGGAUGGGUGCGCGAUUUAUACUUGGAUCGACACGCUGAAUACGUGAACGCUACUCCUGGCCCGUCCGCCCUCCAUACAGAGAAGGUUAACGUGUAUGAGGUGCUGAAUUUCAUACGUGGCGUACAACCCUACAACUGUUCCAAAUAUAACCCUUCAGAUCUCUUUCUAAAUGGAGACAUAGCGUUUGGAAAGGAAGAGCAAAUGGAGAACCAAGCGAAAAUGGCAUUGCGUUUGGCAAAUUUCAUUAGCGCGUUUUUACAGGUAUCCGAUCCUACGGAAGUAUUCAGUGGCACCCGUGUCGCAGAUAAACCCCUCACCGAAGAUCAGAUGAUUGGUGAAACUUUAGCUGUUGUGCUUGGCGACUCCAAGAUUUGGUCUGCAGGUACAUUUUGGGAUAGAAACAAAUUCACAAAUCGUACUUUCUUCGCUCCAUUUGCAUAUAAAACUGAGUUGAAUACAAGGAAAUAUAAGUUGGAGGAUUUGGCCCGAUUGAACAAGACUGACGAAGUUUAUACAAACAAGCAAUGGUUCCAAUUUCUAAAGCAACGAUGGUCUACCAAUUUUGAUGGGCUCGAGGAAGUCUUCCUUAAAAUGAAGAUAAGGGACAGCGAGGCUGGUACAUACUUGAAACGAUACGAGAGGUAUCACACGUCGUACAAAGCAGCUAAUCUGAAUCACGGCCACUGGACCAGACCGUACUACGACUGCGAGGGACACCUAAAACAAUGGGUUAUCACAUACGCAUCUCCGUUCUUUGGAUGGGAUAAUGUCAAAGUUAAAUUAGAAUUUAAGGGUGUCGUAGCGGUGACAAUGCCGUUAACAUUGUUGGAUAUCAAUCAAUGUCCAGACAAAUAUCAAGUGCCAAAUGCUUUUAAGGGCACAGAUAAAUGUGACAGGGGUUCUUCCUAUUGUGUACCCAUUCUUGGAAGAGGAUUCGAAGCAGGUGGUUACAAGUGUGAAUGUCUUCAAGGAUACGAGUAUCCUUUCGAGGACCCCAUCACAUAUUACGACGGGCAGAUAAUGGAAGCCGAGUUCCAGAACAUCAUAGCUGAUAAGGAGACACGUAUAGACAUGUUCAAGUGCAGGCUGGCCGGCGCAGCUGGCAUACAGGCCAGUUUUGCAAUCGUCGUAGCGAUUUUGUUCCUGUUAUUGAAGAUUAGGUAAAGAAAAUUGAACCCUGAGUUUGUGGCGGUAAAUAUGAUUUUUAUAGGACAUGUAAAAUACUUGAGAUCUUAAUUCUAUAUGCAACUUAAGAAUUACAGUCGAAGUUUCGCAAUAUAACCAUUAUUUUUCAGGUUUCAAAAUAUAUUACCAAAAUAUAACUACCAGAGCACAGUUGUAAUGUUAAAACCUAGCUGCUCGUUUUACUUUGCUUGGGCUUAUUAGUAUAGAAGGGAACAAGCCUUUUAUUAUUAAUAUAUAUGGAUGUAUCAGUAUAUAUACAUAUAUAUUAUAUUUUAUAUGUUUAUAUUUUAUAUCGAUCUGUAAACCAAAACAUUUACUGUAAUUUAGGUAAUUACUUUUGAUUUUUUUACAUAUUUUCUUAUUAAGACGAACGCGUAAUCUAAAUGGAAUAUCGCGUUCUUUUAUUCC